ACAUGUCUUCAAAUAAAGAGAAAACAGAAUCAACGCAAUCCCAAGACCAACAGCAACUGGAGUUGGCAAUCGAUCGGGUGCUGGACAGAAGAAUUCCGACUAUUGUUGAACAAGUCGGCCAAAUGCUUUUGGGCCGUCGGGACAGUCAGCAGCCAGUGAWACAGUCACCGCCGGUACAGUCAUCGCCGGUACAGUCAUCGCCGGUACAGUCAUCGCCGGUACAGUCAUUGUCAUCGCCGGUACAGUCAUUGUCAUCGCCGGUACAGUCAUCGUCAUCGCCGGUACAGUCAUCGUCAUUGCCGGUACAGUCAUCGCCGGUACAGUCAUCGUCAUCGCCGGUACAGUCAUCGCCGGUACAGUCAUCGUCAUCGCCGGUACAGUCAUCGCCGGUACAGUCAUCGCCGGUACAGUCAUCGCCGGUACAGUCAUCGCCGGUACAGUCAUCGUCAUCGCCGGUACAGUCAUCGCCGGUACAGUCAUCGCCGGUACAGUCAUCGUCAUCGCCGGUACAGUCAUCGCCGGUACAGUCAUCGCCGGUACAGUCAUCGCCGGUACAGUCAUCGCCGGUACAGUCAUCGCCGGUACAGUCAUCAUCGGUACAGCCGGUAGAACAGGCAGCUGCGCGUAGCGGCCGAAGAUAUCACACCCGUGGUAUCAAUAGUCAUACCGCAGCUAUACGACAGAACACAACUGCCCUGAAAAGGAACACAAUGGCUGUCCGCAGGGACACUAAAGCGAUAGGUUCUCGUACUCGAUCCCGACGUAACCGGCGAUCCAGGAGCCGAUCGCACGACCGGAAUCGCGCCAAUCAGCGAUGUACCGGAUCGAGCGCUUGUAACUGCCAUACUUGUCGGGUGAACCGUCGGCAAAACAGUCGGCGACGAAAAAGAAAGAGUCGACGCCGUCUUCAAAGAAAAAAGUGA